AUGAAGUUAGCUGAUUGGCUUGUCGUGUGCAUAGCCGGUCUCGUACAGGGCCGUGCUGUCACCUCUACCGACGGAACUUGCGGGGGAGACUCAGGCGUUACGUGCUUGAGCUCUAUAUACGGCAACUGUUGCAGCAAAGAUGGCUUCUGCGGCGCCACCUUCGACGCUUGCGGCGCAGGAUGUCAAUUAGACUUUGGUCUAUGCGAGAAGACCGAAGGCACAGUAUCCCAAGAUGGGACUUGCGGCGAUGCCCUUGGCUACACGUGCGAGGGCUCAAUAUUCGGCGACUGCUGCAGCCAGUACGGCUUUUGCGGCCAGACCAAUGCCUACUGCGGCGAAGGAUGCAGAUCUGACCUGGGCAAAUGUGGCGCAGCACUGGAAGAGAGGGCCGCCGCCAGUUCAAGCCUGAGAGCCACCGGAGCAGCUGCAAGUUCGAGCGUGAGGGCGCAACCUUCGUCACAGCCUACGAACAACUCACAAAGUUCAGGUCAAGGCGGUGGUGCAUGCGCGGCAAAGCGAUCAAGCUCCCAGGUAGCCAGCCGGGACAAUUCCUGCAUUCGGUGCGAGGGCCAACCUGGGAACGAUCAGUUCUGUGGCUACGACAUCCAUACUGACUACUACAAGUACGCGCCGAAGACGUGUAAGACUGUCGAAUACACGUUUGAGAUCACCAACACCACAAUCGCUCCCGACGGCAUCUCCAGAAUCGCGUUACUUGUGAACGGCCAGAUGCCCGGUCCGCUUAUCGAGGCCAACUGGGGCGACACUGUGCAGGUCACUGUGAUCAACAAGAUGCAAGACAACGGCACCACGAUACACUUCCACGGCAUCAGGCAGCACUACAACAACCAAUACGACGGAGUUCCAUCCGUCACCCAGUGCCCAAUUCCGCCCGGAGAGUCGAUGACCUACACCUGGGUCGCCGAGCUCUAUGGCUCCUCAUGGUGGCACUCGCACUACGCCAUUCAGACCUGGGAAGGAGUUUUCGGUCCCAUUGUCAUCCACGGACCCAGCAGCUCAGACAGGCAAUACGACGUUGAUGCCGGUCACGUCAUGCUUCAAGACUGGAGCCACUGGACCGUCGACUCCCAACUUCCCCUGGCCGAAGAUGCGACCCGUGGUCACAAUGGUGGGGCCCGCGUCAUGGACAAUGGUCUGAUCAAUGGCAUGAACACAUGGGGAAAAGAUGGCUCCUUCAACCAGACUGGAGAACGUUUCAGGAUGUCGGUUACCAAAGGCAAAUCGUAUUUGCUCCGGGUCAUUAAUGUUUCAAUUCAGUCCACCUUCAAGUUCUACAUUGACGGGCACUCUCUCACUGUAAUUUCCACUGACUUCACACCCAUCGUCCCUUACGAUACCAAAAUACUUAACAUAAAUAUUGGCGAGCGCUAUGACGUAAUUGUAAAUGCGGACCAAGAAGUUAGCGAUUAUUGGAUGCGCUCCGACAACCAGAUCACAUGCUCCGGCAACAAGCAGGCCCUCGACAUCAAGGCUAUAUUCUGCUACGAAGGCUCCAACGGCAGUACACCAACCACAGCCCCUUACCAAUACGACACCGAAUGCACAGACGAAGACCACACGCUACAUUUACCCAUUGUACCAUUCGAAGUCUCGCCACCGGACGUCACCUGGUACGGCGACGUUUCCAUCGGCCAACAGAACGGCCUCUUCCGUUGGUUCAUUUCCGGCAACACCUUCCGCGCCAAGUGGGACGACCCGACGGUGCUCGGCAUCCUCGACGACGGCAUCGCCCCCAACUACAGCGGCAACCUGUUGAUCGACGCACCCAACCGCGGCGAAUGGAUCUACGUCGUCGUCGAGAGCGGCAUCCCCCUGCCGCACCCGCUCCACCUCCACGGCCACGACUUCUUCAUCCUCGCCACCGGCACGGGCAGCUACGACGCCGGCGCGCCGCUGCGCCUGGAAAACCCCUCGCGCCGCGACACGGUCCUCAUGCCCGGCUCCGGCUUCGUCGUCGUCGCGUGGCGCGCCGACAACCCCGGCGCGUGGCUGAUGCACUGCCACGUCGGCUGGCACAACGCCAUGGGCUUCGCGGCCCAGGUCGUCGAGCUGCAGGACCAGAUCGUCGGCACGUGGGACGACGACGGCUGCGACCUGCGCAACAUGUGUGCCGCUUGGGACUCGUGGUCGGGCGCGAGGGAGUUGGUUACGUCCGAUUCGGGCGUGUAG